CCUGAGAGGCGCGGAUCGUGCGGGGCGGUUACCCUCUGCGGCGCUGCGGAGAAGUUACCACGUAUCAGUUUUACUUUAUUUGUCUAACAUUGUUUACUCCUGAAAGCUUUUUCGAAGAAUUUCUCGGAGUCGCUUUUUGGUGCUAGGUCACACCUCAUUAAUAAUGCAUUCACGGGAAGGACUCUAGAUCGCUGGCGGGUGGGCUUGGAUUUGCCUGCCACACCGUGACCUCAGUGCUUCCUCACUCCGGGCAUCAUAUUUAAGCCGCACCUGGUUACAGUCUACUUCAUGUCUACAGCCCAGGACUGCUCCAGGCAACAGAUGACCCCUACAGCAAAGAAGAUGGCAGCCCCUAGAUUUACUGAACCCUCUCUGGGGCACCUGUCGGACACAGUAGAAGUCCAUCGCGAUGUCCUCUACCUCCGCUCUGGUCACAGGAGGUCCACCAGGGUCACCAAUCCAGCUUGAGAGGUGGUGGUAGAGGCGGUCAAUGCCACCGGAGCACAGAGGAGGUUGGCCAUCCAGUGGAGGAAGAGGAUGAAUGGUAUCAUCUGUUCUGCCAGGUUCUGGAGUUUAACCUGAAACUCAGCAAUCUUCAUUGUUGGUGAACAUUGAUUUGGAUCUAGCUUUCACUGAAUAUUGUAUUGCUAGAAUAAAGUGAUUCUGCAGUGAAUAUGGAUCCUGCUGUACUGACUCUUUGUAUCUGCUGCGGACAACCACACCUGCCUCAGGAAAAUCAUUCAUAUAAUUACUGGGAUGAAAUAGAUGAUGAUCUCAUAUGUCACAUCUGCCUCCAGCCCUUAGUGCAACCACUGGAUACACCAUGCGGUCACACUUAUUGUACUUUGUGCCUUACCAAUUUCUUACUGGCCAAAGAUUUCUGCCCCAUGGAUCGAAAGCCCUUGUGUCUGAAGGUGUGCAAGAAGUCAAGCUUCCUGGUGCAAAAACUGCUGGAUAAAGUAUUGGUAUUCUGCCCAUUUAAAGAACACUGCACUGAAGUUAUGCAGCGCUGCGAACUAGAAAUCCAUCUACGUCACAGGUGCAAAGGGGCAAUCCAAUGUGGACUCUUGGGAGAACGAAAGAGACAUUCGCAAGAUUCUUCAACGAGUGAUACAGAUUUAGAACACAGGAGCCCUGUGGAUAACAAGGACAUGGCCGUGUCCUUACUUUCACCACAACUGUCAGCAUCUGCCUUACAGUCAAAUGCUCCGGGUCUGGCCAAUGCAGAUUUUGUUGCAAGUGCAGAGGACAGCCAGUCAGAAAGCAAUUCCAGCGCCCGCAGCAAAAGUGGUAUAAAGAAACACCGACCUUUAGAUCGCAGAAGCAGAUCCUUUAAAAAACUGAAUCGAGCUUUCAGCUACCUCCGUAGGACUAACAGUGAAAGCCAAGCUGGCAGUGAUCCUGGAGAGCAAAUGCAAACUGACACUCUUCCUGAAGAAGAAUUUCCCAGGCUACAUCAUUUAAUUCCAGAUGGUGAAGUUACUACUAUCAAGAUUAAUCGCUCUGAUGCACAUGAAAGCCUUGGCAUCACUAUUGUGGGAGGAUGUGAAACGCCUAUGGAGAAUAUUGUCAUACAAGACAUUUAUCAAGAUGGUGCUAUUGCUAAAGAUGGCAGACUUCUACCAGGAGACAUGAUUCUGGAGGCAAAUGGUACUGACAUAAACAGUGUACCUCAUAACUAUGCAGUAGCAGUAUUGAAACAGCCCUGUCAGAUCCUGCUGCUGAAUGUGCUUCGAGAACAACUCUAUAAGUGCAGGAGAAACAUUGAAAGUAACUGCUCCAGAGAUGACAGCUUCCAUGUUAUUCUCCACAAGAGUGCUGAUCAGCCUCUGGGAAUAAAGUUGGUCCGUAGGCCUGAUGAAGCUGGGGUUUUUAUCUAUAAUUUACUUGAAGGAGGCCUGGCAGCCCAGGAUGGCCAGUUGCAAGUGAAUGACAGAGUACUGGCCAUUAAUGGACAUGAUCUUCGGCGUGCAGCUCCUGAAAUUGCAGCACAUUUUAUACAGGUAAGCGAGGAUCGUGUACAUUUUGUUGUAUCAAGAAAGACCAGAGAACAUACCCCUGAUAUCUUGCAAGAGAGUGCCUGGAACAGCAGUAGCCCAGUCAGCCCUGAUGAAAGAAACUUGCACAACAAGAACUUUCUUCAUUACUUCACAUGCCACGAAAAGAUCGUCAAUGUUAGCAAGGAAGCCCAUGAGUCCUUGGGAAUGACAGUAUCAGGAGGUCUGCUGAGCAAAGGCUGGGAUCUCCCAAUCUAUGUUACAUACGUACAUCCCAAUGGGUGCUUGGGGAAUGAUGGAAGAAUUAAAAAUGGUGACAUUCUGCUGGAUAUAAAUGGCAUUGAACUAACUGGUAUGACACAAAGUGAAGCAGUGUCCAUAAUAAAGCAUAGUGCUGCCUCCUCUCCUGUUGUUUUCAAAGCUUUAGAACUCAGGGUGGCAGAAAAUGACAAUGUCAACAAUCAGAUGCCUUUUAACACCAAUCAAAACAACUUACUUGAAGAUGACUGGUCACCAUCAUGGAAUAUGUGGCUAGGAUUGCCUCGGUACCUUUAUUGGUGUAAGGACAUUGGACUGAGGAGAAAUACGUCUGGGAGUCUGGGAUUCAGCAUUGUAGGUGGAUAUGAGGAAAACCAUGGGAGCCAACCGUUUUUCAUAAAGUCCAUUGUUGAUGGAAUGCCAGCUUACAAUGAUGGAAGACUGAGGUGUGGAGAUAUGAUUUUGGCUGUCAAUGGAAGGAGUACCUCAGGGAUUAGUCAUCCCUGUCUGGUGAAGAUGCUCAAGGAAGCAAGGGGAAAAGUUACGCUCACUGUGGCAUCCUGGCCUGGUAGCCGACUCUAGACUAGAUUACAGCAACUUUAUUGUCACGAAAAGAAACAAGUCAAGGCUACUGACUCAGGAUCAAGGCAAUGAUAUUGAAAUGGCAGUGUAAUUCCUAAGUUAUAAAACUUAGCUUGAAAAGAGUUCUGUGGAGUUCCUUUGAUUUUUAAAUGAUAUAUUUUCUGAAGAAAAUGUCUGCAUUAUUAAGAACUCAAAGGAGUUGGAUAUUUCAAAAAAUGAUUAUAAAACUCAAAAAUGCAUCAAUGCACCUCAGAAUGUGCAACUUUAAACUGCUGGAUGGGACUGACAUGCUCACUAGUGCAUUUCAGAUUACAAUAAACUUAAGUUUUGCUGGUGAAUGGAUUCUCAGCAACUGUUGUUUAACAAAAUGUCUUGGCAUAAACUUCCAGUAGAACUAGGUGUCAAUGAACAAUGAGGAGCAAGUUUUUUAUUUUACAAAAAUAACUUGUGCAAGAAUGGCUUAUGGCUACAGUAAAUCUUACGGGCCUCUUAAAUAAAGAAUCUUCUAGUUGGUUAAUUGUGAAACUGGAAAAUUUCAUGGUAAAUAUUCUUCAAGUAUCCUUGACAUGGUAUUUUUCCCUGCUCUAAAUAAAUUGCAAAUAUAGUGGCCAUAUCAGUUUGUUGUACAUUCAGGAAAUACGUUAUGAUAUUUACUUGUACUUAUUUACUAAUGAUUCUUACUGCCAAUAUUUUACAGUAUAGGUAAAAUUUGUUACAUGAUUUGUACCUCUAAAUGCAUUAAGCCAGGGAGAUUUCAGAUGUAUACUGAAGUGUUGCCCUCAAUACCAAGUGAAAUAUCUUCAUAUUCUCUUAGUCGGCAUGCAUUAAAUAAAAAUAUCAAUUAUAGUAA